AUGUAUCGCAAAAAGUUUUUAUCUGCUAAAGAACUCGAAGAGUUAUUGAUGAAUCCCAGUUCUGAUGAAGACGAGGAAUUAAAUUUGAAUUUGGAUGCUGCACUUCAUACAAACAUUAUUAUUUUACCUCCAAAAAAUGAUGCUGUUAGUGAUAAUGAGGACAUCGAUGAUAAUGAGCAGCUUUUGGAGGAUAGAAAUGAGUUCCCAAAUGAAUUGGCUGGCGAAGUUGAGCUAGAAUGCAUGUUUGAUGAUUUAAAUUCUCAAAAUCCUGAAAUCAAUGAACCGGAAGUCCAUGUUUCACCAAAUAAACCAAACAGUGCAUCUACAUCCCAAAACGUUGCUUCAACUUCUAAAAAGGAAUUGGCAUGUCUUCCUUAUAAGUUACCGAAGUGGUCAAAAAGCCAUCGUGUUGAAUUUUCAAAAAAACCAACAGACGUAUCAAGUGAAAAUAUACGAGCAAUUUAUGACAAAAUCGGUAAUUUCAAUCCUCUGGAAAUGCUAGAACUAUUUCUAGACAGUGACAUUAUCAAUUUUAUUGUUGACCACACAAACGCCUAUGCUAAUAUAGACAAAAAUAAUCCAACAUUCAAAACGGAUGGCAAUGAAAUACGCAAAUUCAUCGGCAUAAUGUAUUUCUCUGGAUUACAUACAGUGCCCCAAUUGGAUUUGUAUUGGUCUAAUCAACAAGUAUUUGGAUGCGACCUAAUAAAAAAUACAAUGAGUCGAGAUCGGUUCCGGAAAAUAAAGUGCUAUUUACACGUUUGUGACAACAGUAAAAUCGACCCCAGAGAUAAGUUUGCUAAAGUUUCAUUGCUCAACAAUAUGCUAAAUGAAAGAUUUAUGCAGUUUGGAGUAUUUUGCCAUCAUCUUUCAAUUGACGAACAGAUGAUACCAUACUACGGACGCCAUUCUGCAAAAAUGUUCAUCAGAGGAAAACCAAUACGUUUUGGAUAUAAGUAUUGGAAUUUGUGCUCACAUGAUGGUUACUUGUUCCAAUUCAUUCCUUAUGGUGGCGCAAGUAGUGAAAACUCCUCUGAAUUCGGGUUGGGAGAAAAUGUUGUACUCAGAUUACUUUCAAAAAUCGAUAAACCAAGUCAGCACACGGUAACUUUCGACAAUUUUUUCACGUCACACAAACUAAUAUAUCGGCUUUCUAAAUUGGGCUAUUUCGCAACAGGCACAGUUCGUGAAAAUAGAACUGGAAAAGCAGUGUUGACCGAUCCCAAACAAAUGAAGAAAAAAAGUCGUGGUUCCAUGGAUUUCGCAUUUGAUAAGGAAAAUGAAAUAGCAGCUGUUCGUUGGAACGACAAUUCAAUUGUAACAGUUUUAUCGAAUCAUUUGAUGGACCAACCAAUUAAUCAGGCGAAGCGGUUUGAUCGAAAGCAGAGGAAACAUAUCAACAUUCCAAUGCCAAAUGCAAUUCGUCAAUACAACGUAACGAUGGGUGGAGUUGAUUUAUUCGAUAACGCUACAAGCAACUAUAGGAUACGAAUUCGAGGAAAAAAGUGGUACUGGCCACUUUUAACAAAUGCCCUGGACGCAGCGCUGGUAAAUGCAUGGAAAAUGCAUUGCAUUUGCAAAAAAUUUGCCAAGGAAACAUCAAUGUCGCAACUAGAGUUUAGGACAUUUGUUGUAGAUGCACUGUUGCGAUCGGAAACAAACUCUGAACCUGUGUGUCAAACGGAAGGAAGCCCCAAUGUAGUGGUCCGUUUCGACAGUAUGAAACAUACUGUCAUCAAAACAGAAAAACGUCUCCGAUGUCGCAAGUGUUCCAGCCAAACCAUUUUUUCCUGCAGGAAAUGCAAUAUCCCCCUCCACCCUAAAUGCUUCGAAGAAUACCACACCAAAGCCCUUUCUUUGUAA